UGAAAGGCAAUUGUCGUCACUGGAGACGUCGCACGCUGCAGCCUCUUGACGUAAUAUGUGGAGAGUAGCAAUGUCGGAGGAGGUAGGCAAGGCGCUACAGUCGGUGGUGGAGCGGGUGAACCAGGCGGCGUCACGGCGGCCCAAGACGUUACCAGAUGUGCCGCCCCGCCUGGUCGCAGUCAGCAAAACCAAACCUCCAGAGAUGGUGGUGGAGGCUUACAGACAAGGACAGCGUAACUUUGGGGAAAAUUAUGUUAAUGAACUUGUGGACAAAGCUUCAGAUCCUGUGAUUUUAGAAUCAUGCCCAGAAAUCAAGUGGCAUUUCAUCGGUCAUCUACAGAAGAAUAAUGUCAACAAACUUUUGGGUGUGCCCAACUUGUUCCUGGUGGAGACUGUUGAUUCGGCCAAACUGGCCGACAAGGUCAACAGCUCGUGGCAGCGCAUCAGAGGAGCGAGCACACAGAGGUUAAAGGUCAUGGUGCAGCUCAACACCAGCGGCGAACAGAGUAAACACGGCCUCCCGCCGGAGGAGACAGUCGACACCGUGAAGCACAUCGUGUCUAAAUGCUCCGCCCUCCAAUUCUCAGGACUUAUGACCAUUGGGCGCUACGGCUACAACCUCACCCUGGGCCCAAAUCCAGACUUCCAGAUGCUUCUGAGUCGGCGGCAGGAGGUUUGUGAUAGUCUGACGAUGCCACUGCAGGAGGUGGAGCUAAGCAUGGGCAUGUCCACAGACUUUGAACAUGCGAUUGAGGUGGGGUCCACUAACGUGCGCGUGGGAAGCAUCAUCUUCGGCAACAGGGAGUAUCCCAACAGCGCAGCAAACACUCCGGUUCCCAGUCCUGCUCCCAGCCCCGAGAAAACCUCCAAACUGGUGUCAGAAGAGGCCGCCAAGAAAAUGCAGCACCUCACAGUAUCUGAACACUAACAAGCACUUCUCUCGUCUGGUACAUUUGUAAGAGAAAUAACGAAACUCUCAUCUUGUGAAAAUAACAACGGUACAGAAGACUCCUCACACAAGUGGAAUUCGGGAGUCCACAUUUUCAUUUUUUGGGGAGGGGGGGAUCUUUUAGUCACUGGAAAAAAUAGUUCCAUCUAACAGGUGUCGCUAACCUUUGGUGCGUUGAGCUGUGCUACAAGAUGAAGACAAACCUGCUAAAAUCCUGGUGAUUUCAGGCAAUUUGUUGUGUUGUGCUCAUUUUUAUCAGUCUAACCCAACGUACUUGACUGUCUCACAUCAACAUGCAUUUUUGUUGUGCAGGUGAAGCAAAUACUUGACUUAAUAAAUCACUUAGCCUUUGA